CUUUUUCUGGAAGGAUAGAGAAUAAAUGCCAGAAGCAGCUGCAGUUUUCAAAGGAUGUCACAGCCCUGGCAUAUUCCCAAGAUGCCUACCUGAAGGGUAAUGAAGCCUACAGUGGCAACGCCCGCAAUAUACCUGAACCACCACCAAUAUGUUAUCCCCGGCUAACAUCCGCAGCUUCUGGCAUGGCACAACCUGUUGAGAAAGCACCUUUCGACUCUUCACUGGGAAAGCAGCAAACUAGUAGACCUGUUUGGGCAUCAGCACAACCAGACAAGGCCUACAGAAUGGAAAUACAAGUGCCUCCAUCCCCAACAGAUAUUGCAAAAUCCAACACAGCUGUCUGUGUUUGCAAUGAGACUGUACGAACUGUUGUUGUGCCUUCUGAGAAGGCUGUAGACUUGCCAUCCUGUAGAACAAAUCACACCAGUCCACCGCUUCGAACAGAGGAAGUCAGAUACAGUUUCAAGGAACCAACCAAUUUAAAGACGAAGGCACGAACCACAUCACCCCCCGCUUCAAUGUCUACUGCCAUCGUACUUCCUCAAACUCCCCUUACAAGGCCAGUAGAUGCCACUGGACUGGCUGGCAGAUCUGGAAGCUGUGGAGGGCAUCCAGAAGGAAUCUCUGAUUCUAGAUCUCCUCAACUUACAGGUGUUCCCUCUGUGACCUCCAAUCACAAUAAUUCUUCAAAUGCCCACCAACCCAUAGACUGGAAAAACUACAAAACCUAUAAAGAAUACAUUGACAACCGACGUUUGCACAUGUACGGUUGCCGAACCAUACAGGAAAGGUUAGACAGCUUAAGAGCAGCAUCUCAGAAUACAAUAGAUUAUAACCAAGUGGUACCAAAUCGCACCGGCUCACAGGUACGACGAAGGAGCAGCUCUCACGAUAGGGCUCUGCAGUCAGUUCAGAUUCGGCAAAGGAGUACGUCCCAGGAAAAACUUGAGGAUCCUGUCUUGAGAGAUUGGCCAAGGAGUGCCUCACAGGACGCUCUGACCUCACCAAAUAUCAGCUCCCGAAAUCACAGGGCCCGGUCCUGGGACUUCCUAGGCAAGCAGGGCGAACAAUUAGAACACUUCCACGCAGAAAACCUGGUUGUCGAUUUCAACAGGGGAAGAAAGAAGAGCAACAGAUGGCCUGGAUUGACCGAACCUGAUGACCACCGAGGUUUUUAUGAGAGAUCUAGGCCUCAGGCAUUUCAUAUGUCCUUUCGUGGUUCGCCUUUCCCAGUUGCUCCGGGAUUUUAUAGUCCAGACAGGAGGAGAAUGGGCAGUGGGGCCCCAGGGCCUGCCUCCCAGUUCUUGAAGGUCUUGCCGGAUGGGAAAACCCUGCAGCCUCCCAGAGAUUUGUUGGCUGCUGUCGGGACCUCAAAAGAAAGAUCAUGUCACAUCACAGCUAGAAGCACAAGAAGCAGCUCUUUGAAAACUCCUGUACCUUAUGCAACAAAACCAUCACUUCCCCUCAACCAGAGCCUGGAGAAUGUUACUGCCAAAGACCAAAGACAAGUAAACCAUAGACAUCACAGUGGCUUGUUGAAACAGCAGUCCGGAAUACAAGCAGAAAGUGUGCCAGAUCACAAAGCAGAACUAGGUCUAGCUCCUCACCUGAAGUCUCCCACACCCACAGCCAUCCCAAAGGAAUUGGAGCGCGGCCACCCGACACACUGCUGA